AUGUUCAGAAACGCAAACCCAUUUGACGAGAUCGUCACCUCCGCAACUAGCGAAACGUUGACUUCAGAGGACUGGGACGCCAUCCUCACUAUCUGCGAAAAGGUCAACCGCGCCGGAGACAACUCGGGACGGGACUGUUUGGCUGCUAUUCAGAAACGACUCACCAACAAGAACGCCAAUGUGAUUCUCUAUUCCCUCACUCUUUGCGAGUCUCUCGCCAAGAACUGUGGUCUGAAAGCACAGCGUGAGAUUUCUUCCCGCGCGUUUACUGCGCUCCUUGUCAGGAUCCUGAAUGAAAAGACUACCCACCCCGCCGUGCGACAGAGGAUAUUGGAACUCAUUCAACAAUGGGCGUUCGAAUUCCGUGCAGACCCAUCCCUCGGUAUCAUGGACGAAACCUAUCAGCAGCUGCGUUCUCAGUCAAAGUUCAAGUUCCCAUCACCCCAAAAGCCAAAGAAGGAGCUCAAGAGCGAGGCCGACAAGCGCAAGGAGGAAGAGGAGCUUCAGUUGGCGCUUGCACUUUCAUUGUCCGCAAGCGAGCAUGCUGCUGAAAGAAAAUCAAGUUCGAGACCAGCACAACAUCCUGAAACCGAGGCUGCACCAGUCAAACGGGUGCGCGCACUUUACGAUUUCGAGCCAACGGAGAGUGGAGAGCUUGGAUUCCAAAAGGACGAUGUCAUUAUUGUCCUGGCAACAUCAUACCAAGACUGGUGGAAGGGCGAGCUUUUUGGACGUCAGGGUAUUUUCCCUGUCAACUAUGUCGAAGAGAUCAAGGAGGGCGAGCCCACCGCCAACGGAGGAGAUGGCGAGGACGAGGCUCGUGUUUUGCAGGAAGCCAAGAACAUUGACGGACUGAUCCAGAUGCUGCAAGGUGUUGAUCCUCGACGAGACAACUUUUCAGACAACGAUACCCUCCAGGAUGCAUACAAUAACGUUCUGGGAAUCCGUCCCAAGUUGGUCGAGAUGAUUAAGAAGCACGGCGAGAAGAAGAACGAGAUGAUGCUUUUGAACGAGAAGCUGACAAGAGCUCGGUCAACAUAUGAAAAGAUGAUGGAGCAGUCAAUCGCCAAGUACAGUCAGCAGGCCUACACCAACAACAACCAGUCUCAGCAACCCUACACGCCUGUGCAGUCAUUUGCUCCCACCCAGUACGGUCAAGAUGGACAAGCUGGACCCAACUACUCUACUGCGCCCUACCAGACGCAAUACGCACCCACUUCCAUUCAGGGCCAGGCACCGGCAGCCCCUUACCAGCAGGAUUCUCAGUACGCCCCUUACACUCCUCAAUUGACCCAACAGCAGCCAGUUCAGCCCCAGAUUCAGCAGCAGCCCACUUUUGAUCAGGCCUAUGCCCAACAGCUCCCUCCUCAAUCGCAGGCCCCCGUCGACUACAGCCAGCAGCCUCAGCAGCAGUACCAGCAGCAAUCUCAGCCCCAACAGCAACAACAGCAGUCAUUGCCUCCUGUCCAGAGCUACCAGGGAUACCAGCAGCAGCCUAUUCAGGGCAAUGACUUUUCGAACCAGCAGCAACAGCAACAGCAACAGCCCAUUGCCUAUGGACAACAAACCAACGGAUAUGUUCCUCAACCUCAGGUUGCCGGAGUGCCUAUGUAUCAAUAG